ACACCAACCCUUCUGAAAACUCAUUCAUCACGGACAGUAGACUAAUCAAGCUAACGUUAGCUGUUGGCCUCACGCGCCGAGCACUGACAUGUGUAAUAAUCGUUUAAUAAGUAGGUCGUCAGAUAUUUCAUUUAGCUAGAAUCGUUCUAGCUUGUAGUUCUAGCUAAUCUAGCUUGAACGUCACUAUACUGCUUUAGUGCACGGGGAAGUAUGGGAGAGACACGGGGGUCAGACGAGCGGUGGGCUGUCAACAGUAAUGUCCGAGCAGAACGAGCCUGCUGUGACUCUUUGAUUUUGUAGCAGUGAACUUCUUUUUCAAUUGAACCAUGCCUGGAAAACUGAAGGCCAAAAUUGUGGCAGGGCGCCACUUGCCUGUGAUGGACAGAGCCAGUGACCUUACUGAUGCUUUUGUAGAGGUUAAGUUUGGAAACACAACUUUUAAAACCGACGUCUUUCCAAAAUCUCUCAAUCCACAAUGGAACUCUGAGUGGUUCAAAUUUGAGGUUGAUGAUGAGGACUUGCAGGAUGAGCCAUUGCAGGUCACAGUGUUGGACCACGACACUUAUAGUGCUAAUGAUGCCAUAGGGAAAGUUUACAUUGACAUUGAUCCCCUACUGUGCAAUGAGGCUGCAUCUGUCAUCUCUGGCUGGUUUCCAAUCUAUGAUACCAUCCAUGGUAUCAGAGGGGAGAUCAAUGUCCUUGUCAAAGUGGAGCUAUUUAAUGACUUAAACCGCUUCAGACAGUCCUCCUGUGGGGUCAAGUUCUUCUGCACCACAUCUAUUCCAAAAUGCUAUCGAGCAGCAAUGGUGCACGGGUUUGUAGAAGAACUUGUUGUGAAUGAAGAUCCAGAGUACCAGUGGAUUGACCGUAUUAGAACUCCCCGGGCUUCCAAUGAGGCCCGUCAGAGGCUCAUCUCUCUCAUGUCUGGAGAGCUGCAGAGGAAAAUUGGGCUUAAGGUGCUGGAAAUGGGUGGGAACGCAGUGGUGGGCUACCUGCAGUGUUUUGACCUGGAGGGAGAGUCCGGGCUUGUGGUCCGGGCCAUUGGCACAGCCUGCACACUGGACAAACUCAGCUCAAGCGCUCCAAACACCAACACACAUACACACCCUAACACAGCCCCUGCUUCCAAUGCCUGCAAUUCCCCUUCCAAAGAUGGAAAGGAGCUGGUAUUUGGGGAGGACCUGCUCUCGUCCUCCGGGCCGCCAACCCCUUUCAGAGCCCUCCCCACCUCCUCCUCCUCUCCUCCCCCCUUCUCUCCUUCCAAGCCAUGCAGCCGCCAGUCCUCAUCAUCAGACACAGACCUCAGUUUGACGCCCAAGACGGGAAUGGGCAGUGGGGGCAGCGGCGGAAAGGAUGCAGGGCCUCUAAAGACCCUGCUCAGACAACAGACGCAGACCGCUCUUGAGCAGAGGGAGUUCCCCUUCUUUACCUUGACGUCUUUCCCACCUGGUUUCCUGGUUCACGUUGGUGGAGUGGUCAGUGCCCGCUCUGUCAAACUGCUCGAUCGUAUUCACAACCCUGAUGAGCCAGAGACUCGGGACGCCUGGUGGGAGGAGAUCCGCCAGGAGAUUAAAUCUCAUGCCAAAGCUCUCGGGUGCCAUGCUGUUGUGGGGUACAGUGAGAGCACUAGCAUCUGGUCGAGGAGGUGUGGCAUCCUGUCAGCUUCAGGUACAGCAGCCAUCCUCAACCCUCGGUACAUGCGCGAAGGCUGCCUGGACAUUGGGAUACCAGACCACAGGUUUGAGGAGCCGUCUCCCCCAAGCUGUGGCUUCUGUCACAUCCCAUAUGAUGAGCUCAACAUGCCCUUCCCUGCUCAGCUCACCUACUGUUAUCACUGUAGACGACAAAAGGUUCCUGAUGUGCUGUUCACAACAAUCGACCUGCCGUCAGAUGCGUCAGUCACAGGGAAGGGCUGUCUUAUCCAGGCUAGACUGUGUCGACUAAAGAAGAAAGGCCAAGGGGAAGGGAACGCGACGGCCAUCUCCAACCUGCUGCCUUUCAUGGAAUAUGAGCUGCACACACAACUGAUGAACAAACUGAAGCUGCGGAGCAUGAACGCUCUGUUUGGCUUACAGAUACAGAUCAGUGUCGGAGAGAACAUGCUCCUGGGUCUGGCUUCUGCUACAGGUGUGUACCUGACCGCCCUUCCGGCACAGGGCAUCCAGAUCGCAGGGAAAACUCCUGGUGACCUAACCAACGAGCACCACGUCUCGACCAUCCAAAAACGGAUCAAUGACACCAUAGCCAAGAACAAAGAGCUCUAUCAAAUAAACCCUCCGGAGCUGACAGAGGAACUGGUUGGUUCUCCGAUUCCUGAGCCAAGGCAAAGAUCCAGACUUUUCCGCUCCCACUCUGAAAGCUCAGAUGAACUUUCAGAACUGGACCUCUCCCAUGGCAAGAAGGAUGCCUUUGUCCUAGAGAUUGAUGACACUGACGCUGUGGAGGACAUCCACUCCCUCCUCAUUGAUGCCUCUCCUCCCGCAGGUUUCUACAGCUGUAACACUGAGGUCAUGCCUGGGAUUAACAACUGGACAUCGGGAGUUCAGAUGUUUACAUCGGUGAGGGUCUUCAGGUUGAGUAAUGCAAAUCUAACUAACCAAGGCCUGAACAAGAUCUUUACUGAUCUUUGUGAGAAUCUGCUAAAGAGUUUCUACUUCAAGUUGCGCUCGAUGAUUCCCUGCUGCCUUUGUCAUCUUAACUUUACUGUAGCAGUGCCAGAAGAAGAACUUAUACAGGUCGCAGUGACAGCCGUUGCCAUGACAUUUGACAAAGACCAGACUCAGGAGAAGCAAGCAGAAAAGCCCAUCACAAAAGGAUCUGGUGAGACUGAAGAGCAGUUGCAGUUUCCCUUGGAGUUGUGUGCAGACUCUCCCAUCGCCAACACUCAGCCACCAUCCAAAAUCUCAGGUGUCCCAGAGAGUGCAAAUGUUUCAUCUCGAGCUGCCUCCGUUGAUUACGGUUCCUUUGCAGACAGAUGCAGCACCUGGCUAGAGCUGCUUAGGCUGAAAGCUCACACCAUAAGACGAGGAUCAGUUAAGACAAUCUCAUCUUUGGAGCGCUCCAGUCCGCUGCCUGAUGGACGUUCCCGCUCUCUGCGAUCCACACGCUCAUUUGGGGGCAGUUCAGUCACUGUGGUGAAGAUGACGCCGCUGUCGUUCCUUCCGGGGACACGCAUCAUUAAAUACCUCGGGAUCAUCAACAUGUUUUUUAUUCGAGAGACUACUUCAUUGCGAGAGGAAGGCGGUGUCAGUGGCUUCCUCCACUCAUUCAUUGCAGAGGUGUUUGCGAUGGUUCGAGCUCAUGUAGCAGCCCUGGGUGGCAAUGCAGUAGUGUCUUACAGCAUGAAAGAGUGUGUGUUUAUGGAAAAUCCAAACAAGAACCAGGCUCAGUGUCUCAUCAACGUGAGUGGUGAUGCUGUCAUAUGUGUCAGGGAAACAGACUCCGAGUCCACUCCUUCAACAACAAGUACUGGACAGAGCUGCACUAGCGCAACAGAAGGCGCUACAUGACAGUGAAUCACUGAACCCUUGCUUUGUCUGCAGGACGCACAAUCUGAGCAAACACACUUCCUGGGUCCAGCCGUCCAAGUAUGAGUCAAUCGUGUCUGCCUUAAUACUGUGUAAAAGAUCCAAAGGUUUGGACACAGGUAAUAAAGGACAAGUGCUCAUGCACAUUCAAAAAUAUGCAGUCUGAGUUGAUAUAAGAGUGCAGGACGUUCCUCUUGUUGAAUGAGGUAAUCUGAAAGUGUUGAAAACAUUUGUGGUAAAACCUACAGCCAAAGCCUCCCCACAAUGUAUUGACAACCGUCCUUUGCGUGUCAAGACAAGUGACGCUUGAGGCAGCUAUGACAAAUAUGUCCGUCCACAGUUCACAGUUGUUCAGAGUAAUUAAAUGGACAUGCCAAAAGGGACGCACAUCAAAUAGUGUAAAAUUCUCAGUCCAGUGUUAGGUUCUGUAUCCAGUAACCUGCAGGUUAAAGACCCGUCUGUUAGGUCACUUUUGACUGGCCAUAUAAAACCUGUAUCAAGCAAGGCAUGUAUUCUAUUUGUAAAAAUCUGGUGUGCUUCCUCUGAAAGGUUGUUUCAGCCUAAAUUGAAAAUUGUGAAGCUACAAUCCAAACAAUUUGACAAACAUGUGGUGUCAUUUUUUUUUUUAUAGUUAACUAAUGAUAAACAAAGAUGUGUUUUUUAUUCCACUAAUUGUUUAACAUAAUAGUUGUUCGCAUUAUUGCUUACACAUACUAGACCCUAAAGAUAAUCAAAUGUCUUUGUGAAGCAUCACAACUUCCCAGAAUACCAAUUUGUGUUCAAUGAGUGACUCGUCAAUGUAGGGGCAGAAAAAAUAAGUAAAACAUAUUUUUAUAGGGCAAUAUUUUUUAUAAACAACAACCAUUACUCUUAUCCCUGUGCUUAUGUACUAUUCAAAACUGUUCGAUUAGUAUUUUUAUCCCAAAAAAUGCUUAAAGUGAGUGUGCAAAGGGUGAUGGGCAUAAUGAUGGAUACAUGAAUUGAACAUAAAUGGAAUAUUUCACAGGAUAUGUUCUUUUGAGUGUGCUCUGGAGGAUUUAAUCCGUAUGUGUGUGUGCACUUGGGCAAACCUUUUUCAAGCCUCAACACUGUCUCUUUAAAAAGUCUUGUUCUGAGAAAUAGUCAUGCUACUGAUAUGUCCAACAUUUCUGUUCGAUACUGAAAAAAGCAUCUUCUGGGUGCUACCUGAAGACAAACAGAGUAAAUGUUCUCUUAAAUCAGAUUUUAGUAUUUUUGUAAUUUAAAAUGUAUAAAACCUACUGCUUACUUGCCUGUACAAUGAAUUUCUGGUGUUUUGACUGGCUGUCAGAGAAUUAGUGGUACUCUUAUUGUGGUCAGUUUAUGAUACUAUGUCUAAAACUUGAAUGUACAUAUUUAGAUGCUCUUGCUUUCUGACUUGCAGCAUGCAGACCCACUUUUAUUGCCAUAAAUCUGUUUGCUUGCUUGCCUGGUAACUCUUGCACAAUAAACUCAGAUGAACCAA